UUUCUGCUUCCGGAAACAUGGAGGCUGUUGUGAGUGAUGUGGUAGCUCCAGAAGACCUUUUAAAAUUUGAGAAGAAAUACAACAACGAGCUGGUGAAGGGAGCCGUCUCCAAAGAAACCAAGUUUGAGUAUGCCUGGUGUCUGAUCAGGAGUAAAUACACAGGAGACAUCAAGAAGGGGAUCGUGCUGCUGGAGGAACUGGUUCAGAAAGCAUCGAAGGACGACUCCCGGGACUUCCUGUUUUACCUCGCCGUGGCCAACUACAGACUCAAAGAAUAUGAGAAAGCUCUGAAGUACAUCCGAACUCUCCUGAAGAACGAGCCGGGGAACAAACAGGCUCACGAGCUGGAGAAACUCAUCGACAAGGCCUUAAAGAAAGACGGCUUGGUCGGCAUGGCGAUCGUCGGGGGAAUCGGUCUGGGGGUGGCGGGCCUGGCGGGCCUCAUCGGCCUCGCCGUGUCAAAGGGAGCCGCCAAGUCCUAACCGGGACCUGCAACUGGACCGGGACCGGGACCUGGACCUGGACCGGGACCACGUGUCUUCAUCUGCUGGACUCACACACUGACCCUCUACCGGCUUUAAAACAACAGAAGAAGAGUUUGAGGCGUGUAACAUGUUGGUGUGACGCAGCACAUUAACGGGUUUGAACGAUGCCAGUCAAUAAAGAUUAUAUAACAGGGUGAGAUUUAUUAUUCAUGACUUUACAUUAUUACAUUACAUCAGCUGUUUAUUCACCAAAACAUAGCAUGGCACUUAAUAUUAUUUGUAAAUAAAGUAGGAUAGUCGGUGCAGCUCAAUUUUUAUUUAAUUUCUGAUCGAGUUUGCACCUCCAGUCUAAACAUCCUGAGUUUCCAGAAGUGCCGUUGUGGUUCUGUAACUGUUUGUUUGUUUGUUUUGACAUAAAUAAAUAGUAAAAGAAAGUGUUGCUGGUGCAGCAGGAAGUGAUUGUGAUGCCAAAAGAAACGCUGCGAUGAGGAAAAGGUGACUGUAAGUCCAGCUGCUGCUGCUGAAGGAGAAAGAGGAGAAGUGUGCAUUGAUUAUUGACAUGAGGUUUCUUUCCUUUUGUUCUGAAUGUUACUAUUAAUUAAGGGAGCAACACGCUUAUUGGAUAAUUAACACUGUUUUGUCAGUUAAAAUGCAUUUAUUGACCUGUGCUGCAUUUAAUGGGUUGUUUUUUCCAUCUUGAUAAAUAAAAUGCUUUUGAAAUGAGA